AUGGGCUGGGUGUAUAACCUCGAAAAAUCCGAUCCACACAGCGAGAUCCCCCAGGUCGUUGCUAUAUGUGUGGUGUUCCCAUUCGCGGCCCUCGUAGCCGUUGCAUUGCGGUUCUACAUUCGAAUCCAAACUAAACGGUCCCUGUGGCUAGAUGACUAUGCAGCUCUAUACAGCGCGGUUAUAGUUUCCGGAUAUGGCGGGAAUACUAUAGCUCAAACUCGAUGGGGCCUGGGCCUCCAUGCGGAGUACUUCCCCGAGCCUAACGUGAAGCCAUUUGGCAAGAUGCAAUAUGCUGGCGGACCGAUGUAUGCAAUGGCUUUAUUGGGAUUCAAGGUCUCGCUGUUAGCGUCGUAUCUCCGGAUCGGUGGUUUCGUCAAGCUGUACCGGGCUAUUAUUAUCGUUGCGAUCGUGGCCGUGGUGAUCAAUCAGGUGCUUUUCACCUUUCUUUUUAUAUUCCCAUGCACACCGAUUGCAAAGCAAUGGGAUCAUGAGGUUGUCGGGACAUGCAUCAACACCCUUAAAUCAUAUUAUGGUCUAGCAGGAACAAGCCUAGGCUAUGAUCUUCUCAUAAUUGCCCUCCCACUCCCCGUUCUUUGGAAUUUACAACUGGGCAGGAGACAAAAGAUCGCCCUCUGCUGUGUCUUCGCCAUCGGAUUUUUUAUCACAAUCAUCCAAAUCCUCCGAAUCUUCAGCAUCUACAGACUCAAAACGUACACAGACAGCAAACCAGUUAUCCUCUGGUCCAUCGUCGAAGUCAGCCUAGCAGUAAUAAUCUCCUGCGUCCCAACCUACGGCCCCUACUUCCGUAUCUUCAUCUCAAACAUCAGCUCCUACCGCCGCCGCCCAACAGGACAAGACUAUCCCCUCACCUCCGGCAACCGACAGACGCGCGGCCCGAGCCGCAAACCGGGCAACAGUGGUCUCGGUGCAGACGAAUGUGGGUUCGAUUUCGGCGAGGGCCCCCGGCCAUACGAUAAUAGUACACCGCAUACGACGACUAUAUCGUCGUCGAAGAAUAUGACCGGGGAUAAUGACUCGGAAGAACAUAUUUUGGGACAGGCAAGCCAGGGGGCGUUUGUGGCUGAAGGUGAGCAUGAUAGGGGGAUUCACAAGGUCAUGGAGGUUACGGUUGAGAGGCAUUGA